CCAUGCUGAGAGAACAGACCAGUUAUGUAACGCCAAAAUCAAAUGAACUGUGUAGUGUGGCUACACAGACUGAAGACUACGGCUAUGUUAAUCAUGGUACUUCAAUGUAUGUUGACAAUGAAAGAGAUAUGGAAAAUAGAGAAAGCAAAAGUCAUGAAAUAAAAGAAUUAAGCGAUGGCGAGACAAUUGAUGUCAAUGAGCAGAACACAUUGAAUAACACUGAUGUUGACAGUAUCGUAGAUGAAGUUAAUGAAGAGAUGGAAGAGUCAUUAAGUUCCAUAAUUACAGAGAUGAAACGAAGGAAGGAUGUUGUACAAAAUGUACAACCUCAGCAAAGAGAAAUGGAAACUAGAGAAAGUGAAAGUAUUCCAAUAAACAAAGAAGUGGAUGGUGAUACGAUCGAUGUCAAUGAGCAGAACACAUUGAAUAACACUGAUUUUGACGAUAACACUGAUAAAGAUAGUGGAGACCUUGAGAUGGAUGAGUCAUUAAGUUCCAUGCAAGGAAUUAGAAAGGAACUUCUACCAAAUGUACAACCUCAGCAACAAAGGAAUACCAACAUACAUAACUGUCCUUUCUGCAGUAGAACAUUUAAGUGGAAAAGUAAUUUUGAUGUUCAUGCUCGAACGCAUACCGGUGAAAAGCCAUAUGAAUGUUCGUAUUGUGACAAGGCAUUUGCACAGAAAGGUGGUCUUGAUCGUCAUCUACGAACACAUACCGGUGAAAAGCCAUAUAAAUGUUCGACUUGUGAAAAGGCAUUUACAACGAAAUAUUAUCUCAAAAUACAUCUACGUACCCAUACUGGUGAAAAGCCAUAUAAAUGUUCUAAUUGUGACAAGGCAUUUCCACAGAAAAGAGACCUCRAGGUUCAUCUACGAACACAUACCGGUCAAAAGCCAUUUCAAUGUUCGUAUUGUGACAAGGCAUUUAUAGAGAAAAAUAAGCUUGAAAUUCACCUACGAACACAUAUGACUGGUGAAAAGCCAUAUGAAUGUUCGUAUUGCGAUAAAAGAUUUUCACGGAAAGCUAAUCUCGGUCGUCAUUUACGAACACAUACAGGUCAAAGGCCAUUUAAAUGUUCGUAUUGUGAUAAAGCAUUUAUAGAGAAAAAUAAGCUUAAAAUUCAUCUACGAACACAUACCGGUGAAAAGCCAUAUGAAUGUUCGUAUUGCGACAAGGCAUUUACAAAGAAAUUUGUUCUCGUUAGUCAUCUACGAACACAUACCGGUGAAAAGCCAUACGGAUGUCCGCUUUGUGGAAAGGCAUUUACGUUGAACAGGACUCUUGAUCUUCAUGUACGAACACAUACCGGUGAAAAGCCAUAUAAAUGUUCGUUUUGUGACAAGGCAUUUAUACAGAAAAGUGUUCUUGGUCGCCAUCUACGAAUACAUACCAAUUAAAAGCCAUAUCAGUGUU